CGGCCCGCCCUGCCCGGCUCUCCGGCGGCGCCGAUGGGGCUGCGGGCCUGGCUGCGAUCGCUCGGCGGCUGCUGCGGCUGCUGCGGCGGGGAGGCGGCGCCGCCCGAGAAGGAGCCCCUGCUAAGCAACAACAACCCCUACGCAUCCUUUGGAGCCACGCUGGCACGGGAUGAGGAGCAGAACCUGUGGAGCACCCCCCAUGACGUGACCCACACGGAGGCGGACGACGACCGGGUGCUGUACAACAUGAUCGUGGUCAGGAACCAGCUGGACAAGGACUCGGAGGAAUGGCAAAAGCUCAACUAUGAUAUUUAUACCUUACGGCAGACCCGAAAAGAAGUGAGGAGCAGGUGGAAACACAUUUUGGAGGAUUUAGGUUUCCAGAAGGAAGCGGACUCCCUCUUGUCAGUGACCAAACUCAGCAUCAUCAGCGACUCUCAGAACAUGAGCAAAGCCCGGGACAUCUUGUUAAAGCUCUCAGAAGAGACAAACAUCUUCCCGACCAGCUGGGAGCUUUCCGAGCGCUACCUCUUCGUGGUGGACCGGCUCAUAGCUCUGGAUGCUGCAGAUGAGUUCUUCAAGAUGGCCAGCACGGUGUAUCCCAAGAGACCCGGCGGGGACAGGGCGGACGAGAGCCAGAAGGCCCCGCAGUGCAUCUCUGUGGUGGUGCCCUGAGGGACGUGCCUCGCCGGCGUGAGAUGGACAGCGGGACCGGGCCCCUCUGCCGAGGGGUCAGCACGAGCAGUGCCACUCCUGUUCUCCUGCGCAGAAGCAA